AUGGCGGAUAGUACUGGCAAAGGAUCCAACUCUCUCCUGACCAAGAAGUCAUUGGCGCUGUCGCUUUCGGCUCCUCGGGUUCCUCCACAUGGUACUGCCCACCGAGCCUUGCUCAUGGGAAGCGACCACACGUCCCUUCCAUGGACGCGGCAUCAUCAUCCCGACAGUAGUGGUAGCGAACAACUUCGGCGACGCUUGCUGGCAUACCUGGAAUCGGCCCAGCAAUCUACCAAGGCCCAUCCUCACUUGCCCACGGGUCCCGAACUAGUGGAAUAUACCACCCGUUUUCUCGGUGUAUGGUUGCCCCUCUCCUUGCAACACUGGAUCCGAGAUUCUGGAAAUCUGAGAGUCAUUCUCGAUGCCCUCCUCACAUACACGGCUCCGGCCUAUCUGCUCGCAUGUCCCGACGCACUCGUCGAAUUUUCGCAACUCUCGCAACAAUGUCAAUGCUUACGAUAUGGGGAUCAUCCCAGUCAGGUCGUUGACUUGUUCUUUCCUCCUGGAACACCCAGAGGAAUGGUCUUUUUUGUGCACGGCGGAGGCUGGGGAUGCGGAUUUCCAAGCGCCUAUCGGUUGAUUGCCUCCCCAUUUCUAAAUCAGGGCAUGGCAGUCGCCAUUGUGGGGUAUCGCACUUACCCCUGUGGAGAUGUCGAAGCACAAAUACAGGACUUGGAACUAGCUGCCACGGCAUUGGCACAACACUACCCUGCAAUAUGUGUGGAGGAAUCGGAACUGGGCGUGUGUCUCAUGGGUCACAGCAGUGGAGCACACAUUUGUUUUCUUUACAUGACCGAAUGGACCAGGAAACGAAUGCAGAAACUGGAACAAGACAUGCAAAAACAUUUGCAACAACAACAACAACCAUCACCAACAGCGUUGGAUCAGAACGCAACAACAACAAAUAACCAAGGAAUGCGCCUCGAUUCCUUCGUGGGGGUCUCUGGCGUCUAUAACAUUUCACACCAUUUUGACUACGAAGCCUCCAGAGGAAUGGAAGAGAUUUCUCCCAUGAAGGCGGCCAUGGGGUUCUCGCGCAAGAAUUUUGCAAAGCAUUCGCCAGCUCUCAAAAUGGUAGAGUACCUGUCAUCGGAAUGGUCCACGGAAUGGGCCCUCGGCACUGUCCUUCCUCGCAUAGCCCUCAUGCAUGGUAUUGAAGACGAUGUGGUGCCGUUCAUGAGCACUGCAGAAGCCGCUCACUUGUUGAGGUCCUGCGGUGUCACCCGGUUGGACGAGAUGUACUUUGCCAAGACGGGUCACAAUGAAUGUGCUCUGCAAAUCAUGAUGGGGGGCAAUGUGAGAGAUGCCGUAGUGGAUUGGAUCGAGAAGACAUCAUCCAAAAAGCAGAAAGAGAAGGCAACAAAAUCGUUCGUCGUGACUAGCAAGUUAUGA